AUGGACCCCCAGCCCCCUCCACCUGCCCAGGGCAGUCCACCUCACCGUGGCCGUGGCCGUGGCCGAGGUCGUGGUCGUGGCCGUGGUCGUGGCCGAGGCUGUGGCCGAGGAGGAGCCGGAGCCCCACGGGCGCCCCUGCCCUGCCCAACCUGCGGCCGCCUCUUCCGCUUCCCCUACUACCUCUCCCGGCACCGACUGAGCCACUCGGGUCUGCGCCCCCACGCCUGCCCCCUGUGUCCCAAGGCCUUCCGCCGACCAGCCCACCUCUCCCGCCACCUGCGUGGCCACGGCCCACAGCCUCCACUGCGCUGCGCUGCCUGUCCGCGCACCUUCCCGGAACCUGCCCAGCUGCGGCGCCACCUGGCCCAGGAGCACGCGGGCGGAGAGGUGGAGCUGGCCAUCGAGCGCGUGGCCAAGGAGGCGACCGAGUCCAGCUGGGGCUCGCAGGACGAGGGCGAGGAGCAGGCCACCACGGCGGCAGCGGUGGGGGCCCCGGAGGAGGCAGCGUGGCCCGAGACGUGGCCAGCCGGGGAGCCUGGCGCCCUGGCCGCCUCUGUGCCAUCGGAGCCCCGCGAAUGUGAGGAGGAGGAGGCCGAGGCCGGGGCGGCAGAGCUGCGGGCCGAGCUGGCCCUGGCGGCCGGGCGGCAGGAGGAGAAGCAGGUUCUGCUCCAGGCCGACUGGACGCUGUUGUGUCUGCGCUGCCGUGAGGCCUUCGCCACCAAGGGUGAGCUCAAGGCACACCCUUGUCUGCGGCCCGAGGGCGACCAGGAGGGCGAGGGCGGGCCGCCACCGCGGCCCAAGCGACACCAGUGCUCCAUCUGCCUCAAGGCCUUCGCCAGGCCCUGGUCGCUGUCCCGCCACCGGCUGGUCCACUCCACCGACCGGCCCUUCGUGUGUCCGGACUGCGGCCUGGCCUUCCGCCUCGCCUCCUACCUCCGCCAGCACCGCCGCGUGCACGGGGCCCUCAGCCUGUUGGCUCCGCUGCCGGGCAAGAAGGACGACAAGGCCGCGGGAACGCGGACCUCAGGGAAGGGGUCUGAGGGCGGCACAGGGGCCGAAGUGGCCUCGGAGGGCGGCGAGGGCGGCCAGAACGGAGGGGACGCGGCGCCGGCCCGGCCCCCCCCGCCCCCGCCACCGCCUUCUGAGCAGGAGGAGCCUGAGCUGCAGCUGCCCGUCACGCACAUCAAGGAGGAGCCCCCCUCCCCGGGCAGCCCACCCCGGUCCCCACCCGCGCCCCCUGUCUUCCUCAGCGCCUCCUGCUUCGACAGCCAAGACCACUCCGCCUUCGAGAUGGAGGAGGAAGAGGUCGACAGCAAGGCCCACUUGCGGGGGUUGGGGGGUCUGGCCUCCUGA